CGAGGAAAUGAGUAGCGAAACAACAACAGUCGCUCUUUACCGGUGUGUGUACAAGUGUCCAGCUGCACCUCUAAGCUGGUUUGCCAACCGCCAGUAAAACAAGAAGAAGAAGAAGAAGAAGAAGAAGAAGAAGAAGAAGAAGGGUCGAGCUGAAAAGUAAAAAAUGAGCAGGGCUACGUGUCUUCUCGCGAUUAUGAGCUUAAUGAGUCCUGCUGCUGAAGCGCUGGACAACGGGCUGGCGUUGAAACCAACUAUGGGCUGGCUGCACUGGGAGAGGUUCAUGUGUAAUAUCGAUUGUGAUACGGACCCUGAUAACUGCAUCAGUGAGCGUCUGUACAUGCAGAUGGCAGAUGUGAUGGUGAAGGAGGGCUGGAAAGAGGCCGGUUACGAGUACGUCUGCAUCGAUGACUGUUGGCCCUCCCACCAGCGUGAUGCCCAGGGCCGCCUGCAGGCAGACCCCAAACGAUUCCCAGGAGGCAUCAAGAAACUGGCCGACUAUGUCCACUCUAAGGGCCUGAAACUGGGUAUCUAUGCAGAUGUGGGAGAAAAAACCUGUGCUGGAUAUCCUGGAAGCCUGGGUUACUACGAGACAGAUGCCCAGACUUUUGCUGACUGGGAUGUGGAUCUGCUCAAAUUUGAUGGUUGCAAUAUGGUUCUGACUUUGCUCGGAGAAGGCUACAUAAACAUGUCGAAAGCACUGAACAACACUGGAAAGUAUAUCCUGUACUCUUGUGAGUGGCCAUUGUACGAGUGGCCUUUACGCCAGCCUAACUACACUGCCAUCCGUGAGACUUGUAACCACUGGCGCAAUUUCGGUGACGUGUUUGACUCAUGGACUUCUGUCAAAUCCAUCCUGGACUGGACUGCUCUUCAUCAGGACCUCAUCGUCCCUGCAGCUGGACCUGGGGGCUGGAACGACCCUGAUAUGCUCAUAAUUGGGAACUUUGGCUUGAGUCACGACCAGCAGGAAUCUCAGAUGGCAUUAUGGGCCAUCAUGGCAGCUCCUCUGCUCAUGUCCAAUGAUCUUAGAGACAUUUGUCCUCGCUCCAAGGAGCUCCUGCAGAACAGACGCAUCGUAGACAUCAACCAGGACUCAAUGGGAAAGCAGGGAUCCCGCACUGCUAAGGUGGACAGUUUUGAAGUGUGGGAGAGGCCUCUGUCUAACAACCGUCUGGCUAUUGCUGUGAUGAACAUGCAGGAGAUUGGCGGCCCUCGAGGGUUCAACAUCAAGGCUGUCCCCGGUUGGAAGAUCUGUGAUCCGCAGUGUAAUGUCACACAGAUCCUGCCUCAGUACAAGGAGAUGGGAGUUCAGAAUCAACACAGCAAAAUAAUUGUAGCUGUCAACCCUUCAGGCACAGCUCUGCUGACUGUCACUCCCAUCAGCAGUGACUCCACGAGGCUUUACAAGCUCAUCUGGAAGGGUACAUCUGUCAAACGAAAGCACACUAUUUUGUAGUCCUUAGGUGGUUAUUAAAUGCACUUUAGAUCUGUACAAUAUUUAAAUUGUCUGGGGAAAAAAAAAAAAUUUUUUUUUUUUUUUUUUAAAUCUUAUGUAAAACUGAGUGCAUACAUGUUUGCUUGAUGCAGCCUGGAAACUGAUUACUCUGUCACAUUUAUGUC